GUUGCUGCAGUACCUGAGGAUGUGGGAACAGCUGGUGCAAUUAGGGCCAUGGCACACCACCUGACUGCGGAGGACAUUUUGUUGUCGCUUAGACAUCAUGGUGCAGCGGUGACUGCAGUGCUUUGCUCUGCUCCUGUGAGUGGAGCUUUGGAAUCAGGAUCUGGUGGUGGAAAGGAUAAAAUCAAGAAACCUGGACGAUAUGACAUCAUUGGCCUAGACACUACUAAACAAUUUUCAUUAAGGAAACAAGGGAUAGCUGUCGCGGUUCUUGGUCGGCUUAACAUGAACGAGUUGCCCUUGGGGGGAUCUAAACGCGUCGAUUGUUUCGCAAAUUGGAGCAGGUUGGCGAAGGCACUUACGGUCAAGUUUACAGGGUCAAAGAAAAGAAAACGGGUGAAAUUGUUGCUUUGAAGAGACUACGAAUGGACAAAGAGAGAGAAGGGGUAUGUUUAUGUUUUCAUAAUUUUUCCUCCUUUUCAAAUUAUCUAAGGUCUUUUCUAAUAAUUUAUUUAUCUGUUGAAUUUCUCCCCUGCAGUUUACAAUCACUGCAAUACGUGAAAUCAAAAUUCUAAAGAAGCUAAAUCACAAGAAUGUAAUUGAGCUUAAAGAAAUUGUGAUUUCUCAU